CGCGCAAAAGACGUGUUAGCAAUAAGUUUGGGGACCAGCAGAUUCCGGGCAGCUUUCUGGGAGGAUAUUGGGUUACAGACUUACAGAUGAUCGCCUUGCAGAGGGCCCACUGCAACUGUUGUCGCUGAAGACAAGAAGACUCUGCUAUGUGAGCCAGCAUGUGCGCUAAUUGUGCCUAUGCUGCUUUAUACCAACAGGUUUGGUGCCGGUUCACCAAACGAUUUGUGCUGGUUCUCAAAAAGGUUUGCAGCUUAUGCCUGUUUGUCCUCCGGCACGUGCGAAAAUUCGAGGAUCUCUGGGCUCGGUUGCAGGGGUGGCUGGGCUGAGAGGAUGAACUUUAUGCGAGUUAUGUGCGCCACACCCAAGGAAAACCAUUCUAUCCCGCUCAAGAAAAUCCUCAAGAAGCACAACCGCUUCAUGCCUCAGGAGUAUCAGGCGUUCAGAGUUUUCCCUGAUGGUCCCAUCACACGUAUUGAGGUCUCGACAGACGAGGAGACCGGACUCCAUACCGUCUUCUGGGAGGACAUCGAGUUUCAGUUCCCAGGUAUCCACUGUGUCAUGCACGGCGAUAUAGCCAUCUCGCUCGCUCGGGACGCGAAAAAGAGAAGGAUUGAGCCUAAGUGCAUAAAAUACCAUCCAGAGGUCAUUCUGGAUGUCAUCUUGGUGAACGACGCAGGAUUGGGAUUCGCUCGGCAGCGGUCGACCGACGACUCUGUGAGCUCACUCUUGGUACGCUCCCCUCCACAAGAUGAUAGCAGCAGCAUCGGUGGCGACAGCGUUCACAGCCCCGUCGAGCAGGACGGUGCCUUGUCCCAGUCAUUCAGCAGCUUGUCCGUCAACAGUGCAUAUCAGCUCAUCGAUAAUGGCGAACAGCAGCAACAGCAGCAGCAGUUUACUAGCACUUUGGCAAUGAUAUCGACGAAUCUUUCCAGGACGCCUAGCACAUCAAGAGUCCCCAGGAGUCCUGGGGGAAUGUUACCUAGUACCCCAGAGACAACGCCGUCAACGGACCCAUUCAUACCUCGUAUUCAGACAACGCUUCAGACAUCGGCCCAUUUGUUUAGCCAUUUUGAACAGUCCAUCAAGUCGGGACAGCUGCACCAGGCCGAAUCGAUCAAGGAGGAGAUCCGGACGGCGUUUAUGAAUCUCCAGGCAGAAAUGGCGCGGAACCAGGAGCUUCAGAUGCUUAUGCUGGAGCUGCAGCAGACCGCAGCAGAGAUGCAGCAAAAGAUGCUGCGGAUGCAACAGCAGGCGCUAGAUCGACUCGCCGUUAUCCAAAAUCGGGUGCAGGCGGUACUGACACAGACGUACGAGUUGCAUGAGUACCCAAUUCCGAGGCUGUUUAUUGUUUUGCCAGGGGAGACGCAGCGAAGGGACAUAGUCCUGAGUCCGUUCACGAGUCGAUUCAGGUUGUACUUUCUGUGCGAGUGCGGAGAGCACACGAAACAGCAUCAGCCGAUGCCGAUGCACCUACAGGAUCAUGCGGCGAUGCCGUGGAGCACCGAGAGUAGCACGAGCGUCGAUAGCGGUGCGAGCGGACGUUUAGCGGUGGACAGUGGUUCUAGGGUGGCGACACAGCAUAUUCAUAUUGCGAAGCAUGAAGGAUACGAUCUCGAUCGACCGAACGAGUUCUUCCGGAAGUAUGGAUCCCAUAUCUUGACGCUGCUACAGAUGCUCAAGUACGGAGUCGUGAUUGCAGGGUUCGUAGUCCCACCGCUGGCACACCUGAGAUUCAUGGACGGGAUUGAUAAGGUCCAGGACGGCUUGAUGCUUGCGGAAAACAGUUUAGAGCCCAAAGUGGACUAUGCGAUCCAGUAUCUGGAAUCACUCGCCUACCUACCAGCGGACAAUAUCGAUAAUAUCGACAGAAACAUGGUCGACGGUCAGAAUCCGGCCCAUGAGCUCGAAGCCCUCGAGGGUGCCGAUUUGCGUCAUCUAAGCAAGUUCUUGAAGAACAAGGAUGAGGGUAAGGUGUUGGGAAACCUGUACAGGACCGUGACGAGUGAAGGUCGUGUCAAGUGGGUCUGUAUCGAUCAUUACCGCGAGAACUAUCGGGACUCGGCUAUCAGGCAGUUCAAGGACGUUGUGGCGGUCAAUGGCGGCAGUUUCGAGGAAGAGACAGGAAAGGUGGCGGCCCGACUCUCGUCCAGUAUGGUUGCUAGGCAGUUUUACGAUGCAUUGGAGCGUGCAAAGUUCAUUCAGGAGUUGUUUCUUGUUCUGGAUUGGGAGGCGACACUCGAGGACUUGAGGCUCUUGCGGGACAUAGUCAGGAAGACGAACGUGGUUAGCCUCAAUCUCGACUUUUGUAAUACACAGGGUCCGACGCGGGAUGUCUUUAGCCGGAGCAGGCGAUAUGACCCGAUCUUGCAGAUGAUGGCCAACACGAAGCUGCAGUCGUUUUAUUUGGUGCGCUGCGACGGGUUCUGGAGUCGGCUGACCAAGACGGUAGCCUCAGCAACGACGUCCAUGCCCUCGGCGAUCCAGCUCCGGAUACUGUCUGUCCAGGGCGCGGUCGAGAAUCGGAAGAUGGAACUGAACCGGAUCGAGGAGGUCUUAGGUCAUUGUUCACAGCUGACCUGUCUAAAACUCCAAUGCUUGGAUGUGGACGCGACGUUUGCGGUGGUCAGGAACACGACGGGGGGGUUCAGGAACCUUCAGACCUUGGAGCUAAGCGCGUGCGAGGAAAAGCAUCGUCAGGAGCAAGUCGAUAUUACGAUCCAACAGCCUCAGGCGGAGAUCAUGUCCAUGACGAUCAUGACUAACAAGAAACCGUAUACCCAGUUGGUCUUCUCGGGAUAUGUUCGGAGACUGGUCCUGUACGACCAAUUAAAUCUAACGGCCGAUCAACCUGUCUUAGAGAGGAUCAUUCAAGAGAACAAGCAGCUGGUUGAACUCGGAGUGCGGUGCCUGGACAGCGAGGUCGUGGCGGUCUUUGAGACGAUUCAGGCGUGCUGUAGGGGUAACCAAUCCUUAAAGCGAGUCGAAGUACAGGACACAGAGGGAGGGGACAAAGUCUUGUCGGCGAAUAUGCACGAUCCGAGGGCGACUCAACUGAAGCUGCGCGCGCCUGACUCUACGGCGCGGGAGGGGAUCUUGAAGGCGUUUGGAUGGGCGCUGAAGAAGGUUCCGCCGGGUUUGCGGUUCACAUCUGGGCUGCUACAUGGACUCGAAAGUGCGAUGAGGCGCAGGGGAUCGACACUAGAGAAGCUGCAUGUAGAUAUCACGAUGCUGGACGAGGAGUCGUUGGAUCUGCUGACAAAAGUGAUUUAGCUCUCACAGGCGACGCUCAUUAAGCUGUAUAUAAUCGUCUGCGCAGACCAGCAGCAUUACCGGAACAUGGCAACAGCGGCGUUGGCGAAGUUUAUCAUACAAGUCAGUCCUCAGAUCACUCAUCUGCAGCUGCAGGUGCACGGACUAUCGACGAUCCUGUUCGCUCUCACGACUGCUGCGUCUGCGGCUCAACAGGCAACGGCAUCAUCGUU